AUGCGUCAUUUGCCACGAUGGAAGCGUGGGGUCUUGCGACCCGGCUUCAUGAUCGGGAGGCGCGCCUUUAGCAUUGGCUUUUCCGCUUUGCUUUGCUUUUUCGGGGAAAAGCCGCUUUUCCUUCACCAGCGGUGGAGCGACGAUUUUUCGGUCGAUCGCCAUCAGGAUGCCCACGGCAGCGGAAUACCGACCGAUGGGGGCCAGCCCAUCACCAUCAUCAGACUGACCGGCGUAGAUGAAGAUGGUCGUGAACGAGGCCGGCGGCAGUCAGCCGGGCGAAGCGAUUGGGCGCCGCCACUGCGCGACGUUGAGCCCCCAGCGGAUGACCAGCAGGAAGGCGAGGAUCAGGAAGCAUCCGACCAGCCCCCAUUCCUCCGCCAUGGUGGCGAAGACGAACCGGUGCCGGGCGAUCGCUUUCGGGAUCCAGAAGAUCAGAACGCGGUUGCGCUGAUAAUCGUGAAGCACGAAAUUGACCGCGAAGCGGGGCCAACGCCGCCAGCGCCAUCGCCCGCCGAUGAACAGGCGAAGCGGCACCCGGCGAAGAACAUCACGGUCGCGCCGCCCGCACAGAUCAUCAGCGCGGGUCUCAGAUCGGGCUGUUUCAUCACCAGCGCGGCGGGCACGGCGAUCAUCGCCGCGACGGGCCAUAUGCCGGAGAAGCGCCUUGUCUCUGCUGCUUCAUCAGUUCGGACGGCUGGAGCCGGGAUAAACCGACGUCCAGCCAUCGCUGGCUGCCCCCCGCGCACCGCGCCGAGCAAUUCCACCAGCACCAGCGCGACCACCAGAUCAGAUAGCGGUAUCGCGAUCCGCCGCCAUAGAUCGAGCAGCAGGCGCAGCAGCACGAGCGACCCGGCGAGCAGCACGAAGAAGCCUCCUUGCGGCUGUCCCAAAACAACGACCCAUACGGCGGCCGGAAUAGGAGGACGACCGCUCCGCCGUGUCGCGCGCGUUCGUUCGGGCUGGUCGCCAUCGCCUCGGCUCAGCGUCGGCGACGUUCGUCGUGGCUUCGACGGCGGGUGCAGCCGGGUGGCGGCGCCGGCAUCGGUCUUGGUCGCUACCGAGGCGGGCUUGGGAGACUGGGGCGCGAUAGGCGGCUUCUUCCGCCUGCAUCCGCGUCAUGAUGUCGCCGCCCCUGGGUGUCGGCUCACCUCCGCCAGCGAGGCCAGCGCACGGUCGCGUGGCGCGUCGAGGUUGCGCACGGUGGGCCAUUAUGCUCCGCAGCACCACCGCGGCGGCAUAACGCGGAUUGUCCGCCGGUGCGAAGCAUACCAGCAGGGCGUGGUCGCGCAGCUUGAAGGGCAAUUGGCCGUUCUUCAGAACGCCUAUCCGUCGCUCGGCCAUGGUGAUGUGGCGUACCGGCGGUGCUGGUCUUGGCGGCGAGCGACACGCCCGGCACCAGCAUCCGCGCGGCGCCCCCGCGCCGCCCCCUGA